UAUAUAUAUACAUCAGUUAGAGGCUUGUGUAGUCAGACGUAAUUCUUAUGAUCAAGACGAUUUGUCUGGUUGAGAAACUAUAGCAUACCUGCACAUACAUCUCACCUGCUAAGAUAUUUACUAUUCUUUGAAGUAACAACAUCAUACUGAAACUUCAUUACCAAAGAAAAUAUAAAUGAGACAAUUAUCAAGAAUCUGGUGAUUUUCCUUGAAAUUCCAAUUGACUACCUGUGAAUAAUUUGUGCAAAUUUGGACUGGUGGAUUCUGUAUAUGAAAACUCAUUUGGAACUUGGAAAACCAUGGACUUGUUUAUUCCCUUGAGAAAUAACAACAUAUUUUUACAUCAGUGACACGUGAGCAUUCCAUGGACUUUGCUGAUACGGACUUGUGCAUUCCAAAGGAGUGUCUAGGACCCGUGUUGAACUUUUUUUCUCUGAGCAUUUGGCCACUGGUCAAUGUGCUGAUAAGUUCACCGUGGAUUAUGUAACUUCCCUCUCGCGGAAGUAUCCGGGACCCGAUUGUACAGAUACAGGAUUACCUUCGGAAGAGUCACCUGAUAGUGCUUCUACACGCCUCGAUAGGUUUCGACCUGUAGUAGCAACUGUGUCAUCCUCAACUGUCAUACCUCUCUCCCCUCGCUCGCAAGGGGACGCAACUCUUCCAAUUCCGGGCCGUAGCAUAGACAGCUCCAUGCUUUUACUACAACCGCAGGCGUCCUACAGCACGGCUUCAUCCGGGUUUUCAAGUGACCUGGGGUCAACAUUCACGACAUGUAGCACACAGCCUGCCAUGUCUGCCGAGGUAGGGAUAUUCCCGACGUCGAGUUUCCCCAUGGCCGACUACUCUUCGGAUGCGGGUUUCUCCCUCACCGAUAGUGGUGUGGACACGGGAUUUCAUGGAGGUUUCGACACACAGCCGCAAAGUUUCGCAACAACGAGUCACAGUCAAAGUUAUCCCGAGUCGUACAGUUACGAGGGUACAUUUAUGUUUGAAAAAGACAGUGGAAUCGGGAAACAGUUCAAUGUGUUUACAGAUUCUACCCCGACCACAAGUACUGUUGACAGUCAGCCACCACAGCAGAUACAAAAAUACACGGAGCCAAUUAUGACGUAUGAAGGAAGCUUUCAGACUUUCCCUGCCCCCGAUUGCGGGUUUUUUCAACAGCGUAUCAGCAGCGAAAGUCAAAAACCUUUUCAAAGACAUUGCAACUAUACUCCACCCCAUGAUCUUUAUCUAUCUCCUCAAACAACGGGGUUCACAGAUAUGGACCAAAAGCAGCCUACCUUCUCUUCGCCCCAAACAUUCAGUGAAAACUCAGGUUCAUAUGCUCGUGAAAGUGUUGGCUUCCAAGGGUACAAUCCACACUUUUACGGAAACAGAACAUUACCUCAUUCUGAAAGUUGUUAUAAUAUAAGUGACAGGCCACCUGUCGGUGGAGCAGCCUAUCAGGGGGAGAUAAACGUACACUCUGGACGUCCCCAAUUUUCACGUCGGCCCGCCUUGACCAUUGCGAUGCCAUCACGAGCAGCAGAGAGUGGAGAACUACAGAAGUACCAUAUCCAGUCUCCAACUACACCUUCAACCCCUAGUUCUACGCGAUCGUCUCCAGGCAGGGAGCAACCCCAGAAAGAAGCCCUUAUGUGCGCUGUAUGUGGGGACAAUGCUGUUUGUCAGCAUUAUGGUGUCAGGACUUGUGAAGGCUGUAAAGGAUUCUUCAAGAGGACAGUCCAGAAGAACGCUAAGUACGUUUGUCUAGCAGAUAAGAGUUGCCCUGUUGAUAAGCGAAGACGAAACCGAUGUCAGUUCUGUCGAUUUCAAAAAUGCUUAGCGGUCGGCAUGGUAAAAGAAGUUGUACGAACUGAUAAUUUAAAAGGUCGCCGUGGAAGGUUACCGUCAAAGCCAAAGAGUCCACAGGAAUCUCCCCCAUCACCGCCCGUCAGCCUCAUCACCUCUCUAGUCCGCGCGCAUGUAGACACGAGUCCCGAUAUCCCGAACUUGGAUUACUCACGAUUCAAAGUGCCUUCUCCCGAGGAUAGUCCCCGAACCACUGAUGACUGCAUACGCCUCUUUUAUGACAUCCUUCUUUCAUGCAUCGACGUCAUCAGAACAUGGGCUGAACGUAUACCUGGUUUUGGUGAUCUUUCUAAAGAAGAUCAGGAACUUCUUUUCCAAUCUGCUUCACUUGAACUCUUCGUAUUACGUAUAGCAUACAGGGUACAACCCAACGACGACAAGGUUAUAUUUGAGAAUGGGCUCGUCCUACACCGACUACAAUGUUCUACAAUGUUCGGAGACUGGAUCGAUUCCAUCAUCGACUUCGGUCUCUCUCUACAUCGCAACACGCUUGAUAUUUCAUCUUUAGCAUGCAUGUCCGCACUGGCCUUGGUCACCUUACGUCAUGGGCUUCAGGAACCACAAAAGAUGGAAGAACUGCAAAUGAAGAUAAUUGACUGUCUUCGUGAUCAUUGUACCUACAACAGUGAAGCUCAGAGAAAACCUCAUUUCUUCUCGCUCAUUCUUGGCAAAGUGGCCGAACUUCGUUCUCUUAGCAGAGAAGGUCUUCAAAGGAUGUUUCAUUUCAAACUAGACAAAGUGUUUCAAGCACCUGCGCAAAUCGAGUCUUUGUAUCUGUCGGGAUCUCUUCCUUUCUAAACGUUUUUUCAUCGUUUCAUCUCUUCAUCAUACUUAAGUACCAUUAACUAGAUUAUUUUUGUACUGCCAGUCUAUCCAUGUGUUGUAAACACUCCACCAUUGUCUCACAAAAAACUUUAAACGUAGAGCAUAAAGGCAUAUGACAUAGUAAGCAGGUGUGAAUGAACAUGUCAUAACUAUAAAGUUGACCGAAAUGCAAAAUUGUCUUCAAGUCAUAAUGCCGAUGAUGAAAAUCUCAAGAUUUUCAAAAUAGCAGUUAUUAUUAACAUAGCAAGCGGUCUGAAUCUACGUCAAUAUGCCUAAACAGUGUCUAUGGUUAUUUUUCUAACUAUUUGAACCACGUGCACAUUGUUUGUCUCCGUUUCUCAUGUUAAGUUAUGGGCAAAUGUCACAUCAUUCCUUUUGGUGUUGUUAAUGUAUAAAUAUUUUCGAACGUUUUCAUAUUUUUGUUGACUAUUUUUUGCAAAAUGAAUUAUAUAUAUUAAGACUGAUGACCUUAUGAAAAUGUUGUGCAUUUAAAGUGUUGAAUUGUUAUUGCAUUGAUAUAGGUUGAAUUCUAUGUACGGUUUGUACAUUAUAGUUUUAGAUAUAUUUCGGUAGUGUUUAAUGCAAGAUGUGUUCCUUAUUCAUCUCAUGGAGAUGUUCGAUAUUUAUUUUAUUGGUCACAGAAAUAUGAGAUUACAAUUCUGUUCAAACAUCAAAUAUUCUGGAGCAUAAUAAUAUAUUUCUUGAGUGUUAUCAACAUAAAAUAACAGAUAAACUGUGAGAACAAAUUGAGAUACAUUAAUUUUCCAAAUAUUUAAUUGGAUUUCUACGUCCUUAAAUAUUUAAGAAAUUGGUGAUUUGACUGUUAAAGAUGCCGUAAAAAGUGAAAGCUUUUUUAUUCAUUUUCGUAUAGGAUUUAUAUUUCAAAGUCAUAAGUAAGAGUAUAACUGUCAACUCAUUCAAUGGUUUUUUAAGGAUUCAGUCAUGCAUAUAAUUUCCACACCUUCAAAACCACUAAUUCAAUAUUCAGCUCCAAAGUAUUUUGGGGACAUUGUGCAUUAUUUAAAAACAAAACCCUAGUGCCAUUAAUUUGAUCUGUAAAAACUUUGUCUUUUUUACAAGAUUACUCGGUAACUUAUCCAAAAUCAUUUGUUGAAAACGAAUAUUGGCGUCGUGUUAUUUUGAUAACGACAGAUCUGAAUUAUCCCAAGUGUGAUCAACCUUAUUUAUUUGACAAUGAUAUUAAUUAAAUAAUUAAUAUCGUGUAUUUCAACAAAUUCCUUAAGUAAUUGCCCGGAAAGUUGUGAAUCAAUAGUUUUUAGUUUAUUUUAUGAAUUUUUACUUGUCCGACAUGUAAAUUGUGUUUUUCAUUUGAGCAUAAGAUUGAUGAAGAAAAUCUACAAACUGUCUCGCAGCAUAUUACCUAGUCAAGUAAAAUAGAUUUUUUAAAGGUGGUACGUUGUUUUGUUCACAAAACAUUUAAUACAAAGUAUGUUGUACGAAAGAGCAAAGUGAAAUAGAAUUCGAAUUUCCUGUUUGUCAUUGCCCUUAGUGUUCAGUUAUUUUGAUAUUUGAUAUAUCAACCGGUGAUUUGGGAGUGUAAUGUUUAAGAAACAAUGUAUAACAUUUUAUAAACCUAAGUAAAAAGAAUGGAAGCAUGAUAUCGUUCAUCAUGUUUGUAUCAAGAAUAUUUUUCAUGUGGUGUGUGUGAAAAUGUGUAUAAUUUAUAGACCUGAAAUAGUGCUAAUGUCAACAUAUUUUGAUUACAUUUAUUUUAAAGUUUUGAUAAAAAAAAUAAUUUGUAUCAUUGUGCCUGCCUGUGUCUACCCUCUCAGUGACAAAGACACUCUUUAUCGCUUUUAGUGCUUGGAAUGUUUAGAAGUUAAACUGAUAAUGUACUUAUUUUAUGCUGAUAGUGUACUGAUUCUAUGCUGAUGAUGUAUAUUGUUUAUUCUACUUUUAAUACCGCCAUUGAUGUUUUAGAAUAAGCAUUGAAAAAAGUAUUUUGUUAUAGAAUUUCUUUGUAUAUUUCAAACAAACACUAUACCAUUUGUUUCUAUGAAAGGUGAAUGGGUAUACUGUAGUGUCUAUUUUUCACAACACUAUACCAUUUGUUUCUAUGAAAGAUGAAUGGGUAUACUGUAGUGUCUAUUUUUCACAAAGAAAACCAUAUACUUACUCCUGCGUCAAUACCCUUUAAAAGAUUAUUCCGAUCACGAAAGCCUGUCAAACAUUUUGGUCGGAAGUUUCUUAGAUGUGUUUAUGAGUUUGCUUAAAAUUUUAUGUCAAACAAACAUAGAAUUUUAAGCACAAGAAAAUGCUUGUAAAAAUCAGGAAUAGCUGAACACAAAAAACACAGGUUUAUUUUGAUGCAUAACAAGUGCUCCUUGUGAUUUUUUCCUAAUAUUUGAUGUUGAUAACAAAAACUAAAGGUGGUCAGAAUCUUUUAAAACAAAAUUAAACUGAAGUAUCAUGUGAUUUAAGAAAAAAUACAGACAUAUUAUAGCCUUUCAUAGCCUAUUGAGAAUUGUAUUAAUGUCCAUAGACAUCACAAUAGUUAACCUAUUUUUUGAUGAAAAUGGUGUGAAGACUGUUGUUCCAGUGUUUAUAUCAAGGAAAAUUACAGAUUUUAUGUUCCACAAGACAAUUAAUUAUUUAUUUAAAAUCAGAAUUUUUGAUAAGAUGUUUAUUUUAUUCAAGAUAAACUGAAAUACUUUUUAUAUAUUUUCCUGCAAAUUGGGAUAUGUUUUAGCCGUACGUUCAAAAUUAAAUAAAAUUUAAGCUAAAUAUAUUCAUAUGACAAACUUUAUUUUGAUGUUUUCCGUUAGAUUUAUUUGAUAAUUUCCAAUGUUCCGACACUUGUGAUGCCUGUGAUAGCUGUUCUUAAAAAGUAUUGUGUAGAUUGUUAUGACGUAGUGCCAUCAUGUGUCAGGUUUUUAUCAGAGGUCAGUUUCCGAAAUCCUGUACAUAUUUGUUGAUGAACUGUUGGUCUUUUCGCGUGCGUAUCCAUGGUAACUAUUAUUUCGCACUUUUUGAUAGUACAGUGCACGUGUAUUUUCCACUUUGUUAGAUGUUCCCAGUGGUUUAAGCCAAGCUUAAACAAUGUCAUGUGACCAAAUGUGUCGUCAGCUCAUCAGAUUUGAAUAUGAAAUAAAGUGUACAAAAAUG